CCAGUCAGGAUAGUCCGCUUAGUCUACAGCUUCAACUCCAUUCCAUUUUCCCAAAAUGGCACACGCCCCAUCUAUUCUACGUGUAAAUGCCGUGCGGUGUAGCAAAUCACCUCAUUCUGAGAGUCGGAGAGGUGGAUGUUGAAAGGGCCUGUGUCUCACGUGCAAGGCUCACAUGAUUCACAAGCUGGUGCUUGCGUGCGCGCCAUUCGCAUACAACAGCAGAAAAUUGCGUGCGCAUAUCCCCUGGUAUACCCACAAAUUCUUAUCUCGCCAACAUGUAAAAGUUUUGGGUUCGUCGGUGAAGUAAGAGAUGAGGUAAGACGUUGGGUGAAUGUUGUGUGAAGAAGAUUUAAGCUUCCGGGAUUUGCAAGGAUUCCGCCUCCCGCACAGACCAUGUCGGAUAUCUGGUGUAUAUAAGCCUUCCAUUGUAAGCCUCAAAAAGUCUAGAAGAUCAACCGCAGAUCUUACAGAUCAUACCUGCCCGGUGCAGCAAUUUUUUUUUUUUUAGUUUACGGAGGCGCUUUGAUGAGGCUUCUAGAACACCUGAUGUCCAUAGGUUUGUGUAAUCGGGCUAUCGUGAACGCUUACGCCGGACAUCUCCCCGGCCCCGUGGACGAAUGGGACUUGAUGGACGGACCCUGGGCCGCUCUGAAGAAGGAGUUCGCUCGCAUAGCACGCUUUUCUGCCAAUGCGCGUGACCUUGAUGAUAAAGUUCCCACCCUGGCGUUCUUUGCCAAAGCACUGAUCAGGGAAGCACAUGUCGUCCGAGACAUUAUCGUACGCGACGAAGGAUGUGUGAAGGCGAGGCUGCACAUGACUCUCUGCAUACAGCAUGCUUGCCUUCGACCUGCUUGGUGUGAGGCGUUUGGACAAUACUUGCGGAGCAUCGAAUACGAAAAGCGGCCCUUUGGGUUCAAUGUGCCUACAAGACACCUCGAGACCAUUAUGAACAACUUUCAGAGGUAUCCACUGCUGUUAUGCUGCAUUGGAAAAUUCGUCGCUCUUUUCACGUUCGGACUGCGGCAUAAGCAGCAACUCUCUGCCAUUGUGGAGAAGUCAGUCCUUGCCUCGGAACCGCGUGUUUGA